UUGAAUCUGUAGUUCAGCUAGCAGAUUCCCGUUGGUUAGCAUCGACUGUUGUAAACUCAUUUACAUUUAGUUAGCGGCAUAUUUAUAAGAUGUGGACUAGCUGUUAAGGCAACGCUGCGUGUGGAACAAUGUAGCGGCUGUGAAGGAAUGUCGACUCUUUAGGACUUCCUUUGUUUACUAUGAGCUCACUACCAGCCCAGCCUCCAGCGGCAAGCUCAUCCUGCAGGACGCUACCUGGAGAUGGGAAUCAGGUACAACCAAAAGCCCCUCUCCUGCAGAUUCUGCGUGUAGCCGGAGCCCAGGAAGAUGUCUUCACCCUCAAAGAGGUGAUGCACUACUUGGGUCAGUACAUCAUGGGGAAGCAACUCUAUGACAAACAGAGGCAGCACAUAGUCCACUGUCAGGAUGAUCCUUUGGGAGAGCUGCUGGAGGUGGAGAGCUUCUCCGUUAAAAAUCCAAGUCCAGUGUAUGAAAUGCUCAAGAAAUACUUGGUUGUGCUUGGUUGUUCUGACGCUGCAGAGAAUCUUUCUGUGGGCCGUGAAUGUGUAGAGGGCGGAGUGGAGGAUCGUGGUCAGAUUUGUGGAGGUGUGGUCAAAGCAGGUAUGGAGCCUGGCAGUACUAGGCCUCACCUGCAGACCCCCUCCCAGAGACGACCUCGGGAGCCAGAUGAUGACUCUCUUGAAGGCCUCCCACGUUCAGCCUGCAAACGGCCCAAGCUGGACGUCACUCUGGAUGAGUGGGACCUCUCGGGCCUGCCCUGGUGGUUUCUGGGUAAUCUCCGUAAUAACUACAGCCGUAGGAGCAACGGCUCCACUGACAUCCACACUAACCAACUGUCUCCUGCGCAGGAAGAGGACACAGCCAUUGUGUCAGAUACCACAGAUGACCUCUGGUUUUUGACUGAGGGAGGGAGUGAACAGGUGAGCGUGGAGAUGAAAGAGGCAGCACUGGAAGAAGGGAGCGGAGGAGAAGGAGAGACUCAACUUGAAGAUGAUGAUGGAGGGGGGAAGGAGGAAAAGGCAGAUCGAGAGAUGUCAGAGGAACCAGAUGAAGACUCUCAGUGUCUGAGUGAUGACACAGACACAGAGAUCUCCACACAGGAUGCCUGGCAGUGCACAGAGUGCAGGAAAUAUAACACACCUCUACAGAGGUAUUGUGUACGCUGCUGGGCCCUGCGUAAGAACUGGUACAAAGACGUCCCUCGACUUGCGCAUUCCCUGUCUGUUCCUGACAUCCCUGCAUGUAGCUCUCUCAAUACCCAUGAUGACGAAGAUGACAGUGACACAGGGAUUGAUGUCCCAGACUGCAGCAGGACCGUUUCUGAUCCCGUCAUCCUGCCUUCCCACUCCACAGCUGAUAGACCAUUGCCUACUAUGGUUAUGGGGAAAGGUAAAGGCCCUCGGCCUUCCAGCUUUCACAAGGACGAGCAGCUCUCAGGAGGGGAGGGUCAAGAGAAUCUGGGCAUGGAGGUUGAAGACGUUAGGCCCGAGGCAUUGUUGGAGCCUUGUAAGCUCUGUCGAGUGCGACCUCGUAAUGGAAAUAUAAUCCAUGGACGUACAGCUCACCUGCUUACUUGUUUUCCAUGUGCAAGGAGGCUACAUAAAUUCCAAGCUCCUUGUCCAGGUUGUGGAAAGAUUAUUCAAAAAGUUAUUAAAAUCUUCAUUCUCUAAAAAGCCUGUAAACACAUCUGUAAGGCUCUAAGACAGUCUAGGACCUAAACAAGAAAAAAAAAUACAACACACACUCUAAAACACAUUCAACCAUUCACCUGCAUGCUUCUAGAAACAUACUAAAUGUGCACCUUACCCAACAUCUGUAAAGAAAAACACAAGAUAUAGCACUUGGUGAAGCUUGCUCUUGGCUGCAUGGUUUAUUUUACAUCACACUGCCUCUGAAGUAUUGCUGGGUGAAAUCCCUUGGACUGUGGUGCCACUUAAAAAUAAGGGACAUACAAAAGAAGACAUAUUUAUAUAUUUAUUAGAUCACAUGCUGUAGGAGUGUACAGUUGGUGUGGGCCCUUAUUUGAUUUCAUGAAGGUUUUUUUUUUUUUUUUAAUGGAUUUUUUUCUCUUGUGUUCUUGUUUGACUUUGUUUUGAUAUAUUCACUUAAUUCAACACCAGGACAAAAAAUGGGGGUGGGGGGGAAUUAAGAAGAAAUAUUCUUUUUAGUAUCCUUUUUUCAUUUUGUUUAUAAUCCCUUUUUGUAUCUCCUUCGCCAUCGUGACUUUGAGAUGUGAGCAUUAAGGAUAAGAUUAAAACCUAAUCGGAAAUUCAAGCUAAUCUUGAAAAACAAUUUGGUUUUCCACAGUUAAAGAUUUAGGACAAUAUCUCAGUUUCUUUGUAUAAGUUAAUAUUUUGUAGAUUAUAGUGUUGGUGUGUUAUAGCAGUCCUGUUUCUCUCAAACGGUAUUUUAAAAUGUUGAAAUUAACCUGCUCAAGAAUGCACAGAAGUGUUAAUUGUAGUUAAGUUGAUGUUGAUAUGUAUUCAAUAUUUACAAAAUGCCAAACCAGUUAUGUCUGCAGUAAGUUAUGUUAUGAGUUGGUUUCAUGUUAAACUGACUUCAAAUUCAUCCCUUCCUAAACCCAAGUCAACCAUUUAUGUACAUUUUGUAUUUAAUUUAUUUAUGAUUAUGUUUUAAUUGUGAUCACAACCUAUGAAGCAGACAGGGGCUACACUUGUUACAGGGUUCUAAUGUAUUUUAAUUUACAUUAAACUUAAAGACAGAGUAAAUUGGCCCAGUUACCAAAUGCACCCACCGUGAAAGUGACUUAUUGGGGGUCGGGGGUUUGACUUCAGCGUUACACUGCCAUGUAAUGACUUAAAUGCUAUAUUAUAGAUUUUAUUUUGAUGUGUCUGCAUUACCUGAAGAUUGUAUCGCAGGACCACAAAUGUACUAUUUCUUUUCAGUUGGUGUCAACAAAUAAAUACAGUAUGUUCUUUUGUAAUUUAUGAUAUCCAGUGACAGUAGACAUUUAACCCUUGGCUCUGAAAGUCUAAAGAGUUUAUCAUAGUCUUUAGAUCUGCUGUUGACUUGCGCUUAAUCUUUCUGCCAGCAGGUAGAGAGAAGUUCGAGUAUUGCAACUUGCCAAUGGAAACUAACUGUACAGUACCAGUGACAACAUAAUGAAUAUAAUGUUGAAUAUAUAGAGCAUGCCUCUUGUCAUGACUAUAGCCAGCACUGAGCUGGUGUCAGAGCUUUAUUAGCCAUGUAAAAGAUUAAUGUAGCCUGUUGUAUUUAUCAGCAUUAAUGUGCAUCAAGAGAAGGAAAUCUCUACUAGACAGAGACCUCAUAUAAAUGGUGUAGUAUACAAACCAGCUAUACUCGUUCAGAUUGACCAACUUAAUUGUGGCAAUGACUGGCUUUAAGACUAAUGUGCGCAGACAUGGUACAACCAAUGCAUUUUAUUUUCUACUUGUGAUGAAAUAAAAAUUUGUUAAACAGUAAAA